AUGUGGCUUAGCUUCAAGUUCCCCAUUACCAAGUUCACUCACAGCUCUAAGUUCAAAUUCAAGUUUGCUUCAACUGCUGCACUUGUACACUUCAACGAUUCACACACCGAUUUCAGCGAAAGUGAGGAUUCUUCUUCGUCAUCAUCUUCUUCUUAUUGUAGCAGCAAUAACAUCACCAACGACAACAUAAAAGAAAAAAGUUUUCCCAUUGUGAAAAGUUUGCAGAACGAUCCUUCUCUUGCUUUUUCAUUCUUCACUCAACUGAAGCAACAACAAUUUGUGGGGUUCCUUGAGAACAUUUCAACCUAUGCAGCAAUCAUCAGGAUUUUCUGCUACUGGGACUUGAAUAGAAGGAUGGAUUCCGUGUUCCUUGAUCUUAUUGCACUGUCUAAACAGCACCCUUCAUUUGAAAUCCAUGACUUGUUUGAGUUACUAUUGGAUGAUGGUGGUGUUAAUGGUGGGAAUCACAAUUACAUGCUUAGAGCGAUUGAUGCGUAUGUUAAAGCUUGUACUGUUCUUAAAAUGUUUGACGAGGCCAUUGAUUUCUUGUUCCGAACUAGGAGGCGCAGUGUUGUGCCGAAUAUCCUUAUUUGUAACUUUCUUAUAAAUAGGAUGGUUGAGAAUGGUAAGAUUGAUAUGGCGUUGUGUCCUAACCAUUACACUUAUGCUAUUGUGAUAAAGGCAUUCUUUAAGAAGUGUAAACUGAAAGAGGCACGUUAUGUGUUCAAGGAGAUGAAAGAACGCGGGGUAAGGCCUCAUUCGUAUUGUUACACGGCUUAUAUUGAGGGGCUUUGCAACAAUAUGAGGUCCGAUGAGGGAUAUAAAGCCCUCCAAGAAUGUAGAUGGGAGAAUGUCCCUGUAGACCUUUAUGCUUAUAUAGUCGUUGUCCGGGGAUUUUGCCGUGAGAAGAAGUUUGAUGAAGCCGAGAUAGUGUUUUUAGAUAUGGAAGAGAAAGGGCUGGUUUGUCAGGAUGUUUAUUCAGCAUUGAUCUUUGGGUACUGUAAAAGUCAUAAUCUGACAAAAGCUUUAGCCCUAUAUGAAGACAUGCUUUCAAGAGGUAUAAAAACGAAUUGUGUGAUUGUUAGCUACAUCCUUCAGUGCAGGAUUGAGCUGGGCCGUACUAUGGAGGUGGUUAAGAUGUUCAAAGAAUUGAAGGAAUUAGAUAUGUUUCUUGAUGAGGUGGCCUACAACAUUGUAUUCAGCGCUUUGUGUAAGCAGGGGAAUGUGGACGAUGCAGUGGACAUGGUGAAAGACAUGAAAGCUAAGCGUAUGGUUUUAGAUAUUAAGCACUAUACAACCCUUAUAAAUGGAUACUUCCUUGGGGGUCAACUUGAUAAUGCCUAUGCUAUGAUCAAAGAAAUGAAAGAGAAAGGUUUGAAGCCUGAUCUUGUCACAUAUAACGUAAUUGCCUCUGGUUUGUCUAGAAAUGGCUGGACUCAUGGUGCAAUUUUGUACUAUUUGGAGACUCAAGGUGUGAAGCCAAACUCCAUUACACACAAGAUGAUUGAUGGUUUUAGUGGCUAA